AUGACUUCUAAGGAUGACCUCUUAACUGACUCUCUAAAGAGACAAAGCAACGAUAUCUCAAAUCUUUUCAUCCAAGAUUUCAGGCGACAACGAGCAACGUGGUACCAAGACUGCCCCCAAACACCGCUGGUGUUGGGUGUACGGGAUUCCAGGCUAUGGGAAGACAUUUCUCUUGGGCGAGCUAAAACAGACAUUUGGGCAAGCAAAUUUCGCGUUUUAAGAAAGGUCCGAAGCGAUAGAUUUGUUGUGCCGGGAGGCUUCGAGGCAUUCAUGGCGCUGGAGGGGAAAUGGAAGGCAGACUGGCGCCAGCGUGCCAUCGACAAGGUUCAAAAGGGACUGUAUCGAGAGCGGCAGAACUGCUAUAGCCACCGGGCGUUACGUGCUCUGGACGAUGUCGUUGAACGUCGUCUGAACGACCGAGGAGGAAAUCAAGCAACCGCAUUGGCAGCUCAUGUCGACAAAUAUGAAAUUCACACCGUUUACGGCGGUAAACCAAGCAAUAUAGUUUGGGUUCUGGAUGCCGAUUGGACGUUGGCAGCCCAGGAUAGUUGUAACAUAGUUUGGAAAGAGUUUCCUGGUUCUCCAGUUCAAGCUAGCUUGGAGGAGCUGUUUAGUGGUCCAUUGGGCUGCUCGCUCACUGCCUUCAGACAGGCUACUCUGAUAUAUGAGGAGGCCGACGAGGAACAGUUUUACGCGAUUGCAAGAAGGCAGCGUCGGCCUGGUUCUGACGUGUGGAUUACGUCGUGCUUGGGAGAAGAUACUGGAGCAGGAAGGGCUUUUAAGACCGUGCAAGUCAUUUGUGGAGGCCUCAUCGCAGACGGCUUCGUUGUGACAUCUGCAGCUAAGGGAGCGUUGGUGAUUGGUUUAAGGGAAGUUCAGUGUAUGUACGUAAGGGCGUUUGGAAGUAGCCCGGUAGACUUGGAGAUGUUGAGAACGGCAGACCAAGCCAUUGUUGUCGUUGGCAAGGAGCGUGAUAAGAGUAAGGCGAUGGACAAGGCUUCGAAACAUGAAAUCUAA